AUGUUUCCAUUCCACCAACUCUCUUUGCAGUCUGACAGCGAGUCCGAGGAGGAGGAGGAAGAAGUCGAAGAGGAAGAGUCGGAGGAGGAAGAAGACGAUGCUCCCAAGGCCGCCGGCGAUGCCGGGCGAGCGUCGAUCUACCUGCGACAGGGCGACAGCGACAGCGAGGACAGCGACGACGGUCGCGCGCGCGUCGUUCGGCCGGCUCGGGAGAAGCGGUACGACGAGAUGGUGUCGACGGUGGAGCAGAUUAAGAACCAGAUGAAGAUUAACGACUGGGUCGCUCUGCAGGAGAGCUUUGAAAAGCUGAACAAGCAGCUGGAGAAGGUGCUUCGCCUGAUCGAGUCCUCCGUGCCCCCGCGGCCGUACAUCAAGGGCGUGGUUCUGCUCGAAGACCACCUGAACGCCGCUUUGACGAACAAAGAGGCGAAAAAGAAGAUGAGCAGCAGCAACGCCAAGGCUCUGAAUUACAUGAAGCAGAAGCUGAAGAAGAAUAACAAGCUGUACGAGGCUGUUAUUGAGAAGUUCCGAGCGAGUCCGGAGUCUGAAGAAGAGGAGGAGGAGGACGAGGAGGAGGAAGAGGAGGAUGAGGACGAGGAGGACGAGGAGGGGGUGGAAGAUCCGUUGGAUAGGAAGGGAGGGGAUGAGGAGGAGGAGGAGGGAGGGGAGGGGUGGGAGACGCAGAAGAGCAAGAAGGAUCGGGCGUUGGAGAAGCAGUUUCAGAGGGAUCAUAGCGAGAUUAAGUGGGAGGAGGUCAAUCAGAAGCUGAAGGAGAUUAUUGCCGCUAGGGGUCGCAAGGGGACGGAUAGGGUGGAGCAGGUGGAGCAGCUGACUUACCUGGCUAAAGUCGCAAAAACCCCUGCGCAGAAACUGGAAGUGAUGAUGCAGGUGGUUUCCGCGCAAUUCGAUGUUUCGCAGAACCUUCACCUGCAUCUGCCCGUCCCCGUUUGGAAGAAAUGCGCGGAGAACAUAAUGACGAUUCUUGACAUUCUCGAGGGGAACCACAACAUUGUUUUGGACGAGAAUUACGAGGUCGUGGAGGACGAUAACGAGUCGCAGAAAGGCGCGGACUAUGAAGGGAAGAUUCGGGUGUGGGGAUCGGUGGUGUCGUUUGUAGAGCGUAUGGACGACGAGCUGUUUAAGAGCCUGCAGUGCACGGACCCCUACACUAAGACGUACUUAGAGCGGCUUAAGGACGAGCCCACGCUGCUCGCGCUGGCGAACGCGCAGGCGUACGCGCUGCGCGUGGGCGACACCAAGGGCGCGUCGCGCGCGGCUCGUCGUCUGUGCGAGCACAUUUACUACAAGCCUCAGAACGUGUAUGCAGCUCUGCGCCUGAUGUCGGAGCAGCAGCAGCAGGCAGCCGUGGCCGCCGCCGCCGCCGCCGAAACCCCCGCGGACGCCGCCGCCGCAGCAGCAGGCGACGAGGACGCUUCCCCAGACGACGAGCCCGAGUCCGCCGCCGCGAAAGACGCCAAACGCCGCGCCGCGAUCGCGGUGAACUCGUACGGGCCGCCCGCAUUCAUCCCGACGCCAGAGGCGGUUCCGCGGUGGCCGGUUUUCCCGGAGAGCGGGCGCGCGAUGAUGAAGGCGCUGCUGGCGGUGGUGUACGCGCACGGAGAGGAGCGCAGCAAGGCGCGCGCGAUGCUGUGCGACAUCUACCACCACGCCAUCAACGACGAGUACCACACUGCGCGCGAUCUCAUGCUGAUCUCCCACCUCCAGGACGCGGUGCAGCAGAUGGACAUCAGCACGCAGAUUCUCUUUAACCGCGCCAUGGCCCAACUCGGACUCGCAGCCUUCCGCAGGGGGCUCAUCCCCGACGCCCACAGCUGCCUCGCCGACCUCUUCGCCGGCGGCCGCGUGAAGGAGCUCCUCGCACAGGGCGUGUCUCAGUCGCGGUUCCACGAGAAGACCCCCGAGCAGGAGCGCGUGGAGCGGCGCCGGCAGAUGCCGUACCACAUGCACGUGAAUCUGGAGUUAUUAGAGGCGGUGCAUCUGCUGUGCGCCAUGCUGCUGGAGGUGCCGUCGCUGGCCGCACACUCCACUGACGGGCGUAGGCGCGUUAUCUCUAAGAAUUUCCGCCGGUUGCUCGAUAUGUACGAGCGCCAGACGUUCACCGGCCCUCCGGAGAAUGUCAGGGAUCAUGUCAUGGCUGCUUCUAGAGCGCUCAUGUGUGGCGACUGGCAGCGAGCUGUGCAGCUGGCAGAGGCGCUGGACGUGUGGAAGCUGCUUCCGGUGGCGCAGAGGGAAUCCGUGCUGGGGAUGCUGAGGGGCAAGAUCCAGCAGGAGGCACUGCGGACGUUCCUCUUCAAUGCGUCGUCCACUUAUGCUUCCAUCAGUCUUGACCAGCUGACGCAGAUGUUUGGCAUGACGGAGAAGGCAGUGACAGGGGUUGCCAGCCGCAUGAUGAUGAAUGAGGAGAUCAGUGCCAGCUGGGACCAGCCCUCCAAGUGCAUCGUGGUCAACGCGGUCAACCCCACGCGCCUGCAGCACCUCGCCCUGCAGUACGCCGAUAAGCUAUCAGUUCUUGUGGAGGGCAACGAGCGAGCCUUCUCAGAGAAGACUGGCGGCAUGACCAUCGAAGGCGCAGGGGGAGAGAGAGGCGGGGGCAGGCGGGGCAAGGACGGAGGCGGGGACUAUGGAGGCGGGCGCAGGGAUGAUUACGGUGGUGGGGGCGGGGAGAGGUACGGGAGAGGGGGAGGACGAGGCGGGUAUGGCGGCCGGGGGGGAGGGAGAGGAGGAUGGGGCGGCGGUGGGGGAGGAGGUGGUGGGGGCGGGAGAGGGGGGUAUAGAGGGGGAGAUGGGGGAGGAAGGGGAGGGCGUGGGGGAAGAGGGGGGUAUAGAGGGGGAGAUGGUGGAGGGAGGGGAGGAAGGGGUGGUGGCGGCGGUGGUGGUGGUGGGGACGCUAGCAGGUUUGUCAACCUCGGUCGGGCGGGAGGGUAUUAG